AUGACGACAACUACCGAUCCUAGCGGAACCCCUUCUUCUCAGGAACGAUCGCUUUCCUCUUACCAGACUGCCAUUGCUGUUAUCCCCCCGGCCUUUUAUCACCCGCAGAUUAACGCCCUCCGUUCGCUAUACGAUAAGUCCUACCCGAGAUGGCCUCCGCAUAUCAACGUGCUCUACCCCUUCGUCACGCCCGAGAGUCUCCCAUCGGCUGUUCAGGAUAUCCGAAGGGUGGUUCAGGAGAGCGAGGAUGAUGGGCUUGGGUUUUGGUUAGGGUUGGAUCGGCCGGGGAGCUUCCGACAUAAGCAGAGUGCCACAAUAUUCCUCUCGCCGGGUCCGCAUGAUGGUGGGAUGGUUGGCGACCCGGAGACAGCAUCUGGAAAAGCUCUGAAACGGCUUGAGGUGCUACUGUCUGGCGGAUACGCGAAAAGAGGAAGGGCAGGUGAUGGUGUUUAUAGACCACAUCUUACCUUGGGGCAGACUUCAUUGGACCCAAUGCCCCUGAAUUCUUUGUUAUCUAAAGCUGGGAAGCUGGUGAUGGCGAACAGAAUCUCAAGCGAACCGUUCAAAUGGUUUGUGACGAGGCUGGCGGUGAUGAAAAGAGAUGAGGAGGGAAACAUGAGAGUUGUUGAUGAAAUCCUUCUGGGGAAACGGAGCACCGGGGAGUCUGGGGAGGGAGAAUGGGAAGAGGAUAGGGAUCUAGAGAUUGAGAGCGUGUCUAGUGAUAAUCUGGGUGAAUUUCAGAGGUUAGGUUUUGAUGAUUCAACAAAGGGUUUCGGAAACGUCGGGUCAGGGGCCUCCUGUCGGUUUUCUGCAGAAAGUGAUGAUUGGGUUCCGGUUGACCUUGCAAGCACUCAAGGACGAAGGUUCCUCCCGAGGGAUAUUACCAUAGCUACUUACAAUGUCUUGAUAGAUUCUCCAUUUCCACCCCCGGUUGAAAGAUAUCCGCUGCUGAUCAAUGCAAUCCUUUCGAUCCACCCUACUCCGCCGGGUUUAGCGACACCUUCGAUACUUUGUCUUCAAGAAGUAACCGAUGAUUUUCUCCAAUACCUUCUCUCCAAUAACGCUAUUCGAGCUCGGUACCCCCUGUGCACACACUCUCCAAACUCGGUUCUUCCCAGCAUAAGGAAUUGUGUUAUCUUUGCUACAGCUUCGUGCGGACCGUUCGAAUGGCAAUGGCUUGACUUCGCCAAACGGCAUAAGGGUGCGGUUAUUGCGUCAUUUCCGGGAUUGGGAGGUCCAGAUGAACCACUUAUUGUGGCGACUGUCCAUCUUACUUGCGGUCUUGGUGAUGGGAGUGUUUUAGCAAAAGCUACCUAGUUGAAGACACUCUCAGCAUAUCUGCGCGCUAAACACCCCACUAGUGAGUGGAUUGUAGCGGGUGAUUUCAACCUCCAGACCUCAAUACAAAGCAUUGAUUCGGCAUUGGUGAACAAAAGUAUCUCGAAAGAUACUCACGAAUUGGCCCGGAAAGGGCUAAUCGACGAGGAGGUCUUCUCCGACUGUUGGGAAUUACUUUUUGGCCCAAAUGAAGAAGAUGAUGUCCCUUACGAGGUGGAUAAUACCGCUGCGAGGACCAAUGGGGAAGGAGAAUGGGGAGCCACAUUCAAUCCAUUCACGAAUCCGGUUGCAGCGAAGAUCGUGCAAUGGAGCGGUGACCCUCGCCCACAAAGGUACGAUCGGGUGCUGAUCAAAAGCGCUGGAAAUUUGAGGGCUAGGGAUAUACGGCGAUUUGGGUUUCCAAUAAUUGAUUCUCAGGACAGUGAAAAAACACUGGAGUGUGGCAGCGACCAUUGGGGUGUUAGCGCUAUGUUGAAUUUCCGUCCGGAUGCAGGAGAUGCUGGCGGGCAGAGAAACAGUGCCAAGCUGCAACUCCAGGACGUGGAUAUCGAUGAUCAACUUCUGAAAACCCUCGUUGAUUCCUGCGUGCCUUGUAGGGCUGAUCAUAAUAAUCGAGAGGCUGCUAUAGCAUCUCUGAGAGAAGUUUUGCUACGGGAGCAGGAAUCAGUGGCUGGGGCUGGAUAUAACCCCGCUCGUGGGCCUAUCCCGAUUAUCUUGGCCCCCGUGGGUAGCUACGCACUGGGCGUCUAUGGCAAGGACUCUGAUGUGGAUUGUCUCUGUGUUUCAACAAUUUCCACCAAGACCUUUUUUGAGAUUGCGAGACAAAGGAUUAGAAGGUUCGGUGGUGAACGAGGAAUCCGCUUGACAAGAUUUGUUGAUGCCAAGGUUGCUAUCUUAGAGCUGAAGGCUGGGAAUAUAAAGCUUGACCUACAGUAUUGUCAAGCCCCGGCAGUAAUAGAGCGGUAA